GCAUGCGCAGUAGACCGGCUCUGCCGACCGGAAGCCGAGCGGGCGGGAUUUCCCGUGGGGCGGCGGGUUGUACGGUUCGUGGCUUGUGUGGCGGCGCGAAGGGACAGGAAAAAGAAGUUCCUGAGCCCGCGAACCUGCAGCGGAAGUGGAAGGAGAACGUAUGUGUGUGAUGCCGAGCCCUCUUUCUGGUUUAAUAAGUCACGAUAAUUGGCUCCGAAAAGGGUGUGGGCAUUGGAGUGAGCCCUUCCGCGGAGGGUCCGUGGAUGUCCACCAGGAGGGAUGGCGGAAAUUAAAAUACCACCCUCCUGCAACUCUUACACAUUUCAUUUAUUUACUUUUACAGGGUGAGAUGGUUAUCAGCCCACAUUCUAGUGUAUGUCAGUUUCAUCAGAUGUCUAUUCUCAGAACUCUGCUGGCGGGAAGAGAAGGGGAAAUUGGCGGUGGAAAGAGUACAUUUGGAGCCUAGAACUCUGCCUCCGAGGGCAGUUUUAGGUUCUUCAAGUGUCCGGAGCUCAAGAGAUGUGGCCCAGGGGAGGGAACUGUCUCUAGUUAAAGAGGCCAUGCCUGAUGUUGCUUCCAGAUCCCAUGUCGACACCAAGUCCUCAGUUGCUGGUGGCAGCUGCUCAGCAGACCCUGAGCAUGGGAAAGAGACGGGGCCUGGCCCGAGCUGCCUGCCUUCACCUCGCCGGAGAGGUCCUGGCUGUGGCCCGGGGACUGAAGCCAGCCCUGCUCUAUGAUUGCAACGGUGCGGGGACAUCAGAGCUCCAGAGCUAUCUGGGGGAGCUGCAGGGCCUGGGCUUCCUGACCAAGGGACUUCACAUCCUUGAUAUUGGAGGCAACAGCCUGAUCGUCAUACCUGAACAUGUAUGUCAGCACCUGGAGCAGGUGCUGCUUGGUCCUGUAGCCUUUGUGGAUGUUUCCAGCUCCCAAUCUCACCCUUCUAUCCGCUCCCUGGACCAGCUUCAGGACUUGAAGUCCCUCAUUGCCAAGAUCAUCACCCAUUUGCAGGGGUUGCAGAGGGACCUGUCCCUGGCCGUCUCCUGCAGCAGGCUCUGCUCCUCAGACUGGAAUCUCUGUACUGUGUUUGGCAUUCUCCUGGGCUAUCCUGUUCCCUAUACCUUUCACCUGAACCAGGGAGAUGACAACUGCUUAGCCAUGACCCCACUACGGGUGUUCACCGCUCGGAUCUCAUGGCUUCUUGGUCAACCCCCAGUCUUGCUCUAUUCCUUCAGUGUCCCAGAGAGCUUGUUCCCAGCCCUGAGAGACAUUCUAAACACUUGGGAGAAGGACCUGAGGACUCGAUGUAGGGCUCAGAAUGACUUUACUGACCUCAGCAUCUCCUCUGAGAUAGUCACCCUGCCAGUUGUGGCCCUCUAACUCCCAUGUAGAAAGUUCUCACUAAAUAUUCAGCUCCAAGUCAGGGAUUACAAAUAGGCAUCAUCUCAAGUGUCAAUUCUGAGCAUCAUGAGAACACUAGGGAAGAAUGCUCUAGUCAACUGGCCACGUCUGUGACGGGCACGGGAACAGGUGGUGGUGGCAGCAUUGGUAGUACAUACUUGCCAUUUCUAUACUAAGGAGUCCUCUUGACUUAACUGAGAUGUCUAUUCCUUUUUUACUAGAUAGAAGAUAGAAGGAAAGAGAUUGUGGAGAAGGGGAGUGAGGGGGUAGGUGGAGAAGAGUAUAAGGGGGAAAAUAGCUAUUUAAAAAAAGGAUUGUGGAGAAGAAGGGAGGUGGAGGACAAGUAGUGUACCCUCGUAUACUAUAUGUAUGGUAUGGUAAUGUUGUAAAUAUACUCUGUGGGUAGUGUUCACUAGAAAAUAGCAGGCCUGGGCAUUACUGCAUGUUUAUAUACCUCCAACUGAAUUGGACUAAGGAAAGUAGACCAGGAUGCUCAAGUGUCAUAUUUGAUGUGAUAGGUCGGUCAUUCAUGAAUAAACAAUUCUGGG